AUGGUCGAGCACGUCCUCACCUCCAUCGACCACCUCACCACCUGGGCGCGCCAAAGCUCCCUCUGGCCCCUCAGCUUCGGCCUCGCCUGCUGCGCCCUCGAAAUGAUGCACGCCUCGAUGCCCCGCUACGACCAAGACCGUCUCGGCAUCAUUUUCCGGGCCUCUCCGCGCCAAUCCGACGUGAUGAUCGUCGCCGGCACCGUGACGAACAAAAUGGCGCCGGCGCUGCGCCAAUGCUAUGAUCAGAUGCCCGAUCCGAAGUGGGUGAUUAGUAUGGGGAGUUGUGCGAAUGGCGGUGGGUAUUAUCAUUAUAGUUAUAGUGUGGUCAGGGGGGUGGAUCGGCUCGUGCCGGUCGAUGUGUAUGUGCCCGGGUGUCCGCCGACGGCGGAGGCGUUGUUGUUUGGGGUGUUUCAGUUGCAGAGGAAGAUGGGGAGGAUGGGGGGGACGAGGAUGUGGUAUCGGAGGUGA